UGGUUACAAUUAUUAUUUUUUAUUUAAUAAAGGUGAGUGAACAUAUACAAUCUAUAUACAUUGAUUGAUACGCAGUAGAUAGAGAUAGGGAGUAAUAAUAAAAGGGGUAAUAAUAAUUACUCCGUAAUUAAUAAUAGCAGCAGCACCUAUUAGCCCCUUUUAAUUCCAUCGUCUUUGGUUUUCUCCAUCCAAAAUUACCUUUGUCUACAAGUGCCCUGCUGUUGAGUUGCCGGCGGCCGGGCCCUUCCCCACCAAAAGACUCAAAAUCUUAACUUUUUCCGUUCCGACGUUUCUUGAUUGAUUGAUUUCCAAAUCGCCUCAAAAGCGACCGAUCCUUAAUUAGCUUUUGCAGAACCCACCACUGCUAGCUGCCAUUAAAUUCCAUCAAGCUAGCCAGGAUCCAUUCUUUGUUUAUAUAUACAGAGCUAGUGGAAUGGAGGACGUCUCCAUCAGGAUUUGUUUCUUGGCGGUGAUCAUGUCGGCACUGUUGAACACCUGCUGCACCGCUGACCCCACCCCUGUGUGUCAAUGCAGCUUGCCGCCGCCGACGCCGCCAUCUCCGCCCGCCGACCCCAGCAACUGCCCUCCGCCCCCGCCCAUUCCUCCUGCUACCCCGGGUAACGAGAACUUGCCAACACCGCCACCAACGCCGCCGUCAGGCUCCAACGACAACCCAUCACCGCCGAGUUACACCCCGCCUGCGAUUAGCAGUGGGCCACCCUACAAUCCAUCACCGCCAGCUCCGGGCUACAGUUACCAGCCCCCCACAGGGCCUGCGCCCCCACCUCCAAACCCAAUUCUCCCCUACUUCCCAUUCUACUUCCUCCACCCACCUCCACCACCUGAUUCCUCCGCCGCCGCUGCCGCCGCCAUGCCAUCGAUUUCUUGCCUGCUCCUUCUCCUCUUCCUCGUAAUUAUGCUCCCCCCUUCAUUUCCUUUUCCGUUGAUGAAUGCAUAAAUAAAUACGGAGCAAGUAAGAUCAUACAUGCUCUGUUUUUCUUCCAAGAAAGAAUAGAUUAUAUAUAGUGCUCAAGUGUACGUCGGAGGAAUAUUCACAGAUCGCCUUCGCCGGCCUGCCCAUCCUCCGAUUCAAUCGAAGAAGAAUCUGAAAGCUGUGUGGCCGGCCGGCCUGCUGCCCGCCGGUCUCUCACCGAACCAGCUUUGUUAGUGGGGCCCGACCGGUAAUCUGCAUAUUCUUGAUGGCAUUUAUGUCCUUUUGCCUUCCUUUUUUCGUUUUACAUUUUAACAUAUUGUUUCCUUUGCUUUUGCAUAGGAUGUAACGAUCCAUACUGUCUCUUAAUUAAUCAUUAGUCAAUUUUCCUUUUGUAUUGCGUAUACUCUUGGGAUAAAUUCAAAAUUUCUGAUGUAACGUCUCUUUCAUACUUUCUUAUUGCCCUCUUGUAUCUCCUUCUCACAUGUCAUUAUGUCAAUGUAAACUUCUUGUUAAGAAAUGUGUUUGUUUUAAAGUUAUCAAUUCCAUUCCUAGCCCCCUUGUUUGUAGAUCAUUGUUUAGGUUAUUUAACGAAAAUUUUAUUUAUAUUUAUGUAUUACCUCCGUUCUUAAAUAAAUGUAAUAUGUUAAAGUUUAC